AGACACGCUUCAAAAAACGCCCAGCAGGGGUGAAUUCCCUCGAGAUGCGUGCGCGGCAACCGGUCAAAGCGCAAAUGAGAAAUUUUGACCUGAGAGAAGAGCUGAAAGCCACUGCGGACCGACGCAAACAAACGCAGGAACGAUCUGCAAUCAUAGGGCGAAAGACCACCACCGGUGGAGUUGCUGAUAUUGCUGCACAAUUGGCGGAGAUGUUCCCAGACAUCCCAGCAGAUACAGUCGAGGGCGCCGUCUCACAACUCUUCCGCAGAAAUGCAGAUUGCUCGCGACAGCAACUGGCAGAUAUGUCGUUGGCUGCACUGCUGGAAAUGGCCAGUACUGGACCUCAGGCGGUGACAAGCUUCGAGCCAGUGUGCACGUCAGAUUGUGUUGAGAACGAAACAGAGGCCAACCGACAAGUCCGACAAGUGGUUGUCGAGGAAGAGGAAGAGGAAGAUUUAGAUGCCUUGCUGGCAGACCUCUUUGGCCUCCCUGACAAUGAGAUGAAAGUUUGUGUCAAGACUUUGUGCGGCAUCUUGUCGCGCAUUGUUGAAAAACCAUCAGAGCCAAAGUUCAGAGAGUUGCGGAAAGGCAACGCGAGAUUCGCAGCGGAGGUGGGCUGUCACCCACAGGCACUAGCUUUGAUGUCGUACGCGGGUUUUGAGGAAGAUGCUGGUGCGGUGCUGAUCUUCAGGGGGGAUCCAAACCAGGAGCCCUUCAAGCGUGUCUUCGAGGCCUUGCAUGAUGCUGGAGAAGCCUUGUCACCAAAAGUGGCCCAGGCCAGCAGACCUCCGGUGCAAGCUGGCACAGGCGGCUAUCCUACACUGUCAAGGACAGAUGCCAGGCGGCAGCACAUUGCAGCACUGACUGAGAUGCGCUUGAAGGACCCACGAGGCUUCCAAGAAGCCCGGAAGAAUCGCGGCAACCGCGGGGUUGGUGGCGCAUUCGCAAGACCAGCCAGUCCGGCCGGUGCUGUACCCGGCCGACGAGCCCAGCACUUCACCCUGAAUGACCUGGAGAAGAUGCGAGUUGAAGAGGAGAUCGCUGGAAUGCCCAGCUAUGCUGACGAGUACCGGCUUUCACAUCAGUCAGCCCCCGCCACCAGCUAUUCAACACUGGUGGCACGGAGCUAUGACCCAGAACUCAUCGCCAGGCAAGCACUAGAUGGUACCAAUCGCUACCGCGCCUCCAAGGGCCUUCCUCCCUUACGCUGGAACGAUGGUAUUGCGCGCAUUGCUCGAGAACAUGCUGAGCAGAUGGCCUCGGGCGCUGCUCCAUUUAGCCAUGACGGAGUGGAUCAACGCUUUCGUGCGUAUCCUGUGGCAUAUCAAUCUGCUGCGGAGAAUCUCGCCCUCAACAAUGGCAUUGCUGAUGUUGCUGGAGCUGCUGUCAAGGGCUGGAUCAAUUCGCCCGGACAUGAAAAGAGACUGUGAUGACAUGUGGAUGACAUGUGGAUACGGGUUAGGGGAACAUCAGUUUUAACAGUCGUCAUGAAUUGCUGAUUCAUCAAGGUCAUAGGUUUGCAACUGUAUUCAAUCCAUACCCAUAUCAUCUGUUUUAUCCACCAAGAAGACAGACUCACAAAGGCGGCAUGCAAGCAUAAUGCAUCUUGGGCCUCUGCAGGAAUCUAAGUGGCCGGUUCAAUCUUUGCGGCAUUGGUGCUGCACGUGCUUCAAAUGGCACGUUUUACCUUACACAGCUCUUUGCAGCUGCGUAAGACAGCACUCCAAAGUGAUAAAACGUUGGUGUC